AGGUAAUUGACCAAUGAGAUCCACUCUACCGGUCGGGGAAGGGGCUGGAGAUCAGUCGUGAUAUCAUAAAUCGAGAACCACUUUUCAUGACAUCACCGGAUAAUCCGGAUAGAAUACUUAUAGCCCUCAUAUUACCCCCAAAACAACUGUUAUUCAAUUCAAUUCAAGCCUUCAAACCUCAGUUCUCCUUUGAAACCUAUUUCACAAACCUUCCUCUCUGUACACACAUAUAUAUAUACCCACAUCCCAAAAUGCCAAUUCCCGUCCCCUCCGCCAACUCCCUCACCGACCUCCUCAGCCUUAAGGGCAAGGUCGUAAUCGUCACCGGCGCUUCCGGCCCCCGCGGCAUGGGCAUCGAAGCCGCCCGUGGCUGCGCUGAAAUGGGCGCCGACGUCGCCAUUACCUACGCCUCCCGGCCUCAAGGCGGCGAGAAGAACGCCGAAGACCUCUCCAAAACCUACGGCGUAAAAGCCAAGGCCUACAAAUGCGACAUCGGCACCUUCGAGAGCGUCCAGAAGCUCGUUGACGAUGUGAUCAAGGACUUCGGAAAGGUCGAUGCCUUCAUCGCGAACGCCGGCCGCACAGCUGACAGCGGGAUCCUGGACGGCUCGGUCAAGGACUGGAUGGAGGUCAUUCAGACGGAUCUGAACGGCACAUUCCACUGUGCGAAGGCUGUGGGACCGCACUUUAAGCAGCGUGGCACGGGAAGUCUGGUCAUUACUGCCAGUAUGUCCGGCCACAUUGCCAACUUCCCGCAGGAGCAGACCUCGUACAAUGUUGCCAAGGCUGGGUGUAUCCAUAUGGCACGGUCGUUGGCGAAUGAGUGGAGAGACUUUGCCCGGGUGAACAGUAUCUCGCCUGGUUAUAUUGAUACGGGAUUGUCGGACUUCGUGGAUCAGAAGGUUCAGGAUCUUUGGUUGAGCAUGAUUCCCAUGGGACGGAAUGGUGAUGCCAAGGAGCUCAAGGGCGCGUAUGUCUACCUGGUUAGUGAUGCCAGUUCAUACAUGACUGGCAAUGAUCUGGUGAUUGAUGGUGGUUACACUGUGCGGUAAAUGGCCGCGGGCUUGGUAC